GAUUUGAAUGGUAAUACGUGCGCUCACCCAGGCCCCGGUCGAGUCCAGUUAGAGACUAGAGACCAGAUAUUAUUAAAAAGAAGCAGCCAUCAGUUAGCAGCUGGUCAAAUCAGUUGGCCAUCAGCAGCGGAGUUGGCAAAACGAUAGUUUGAUGUGACUGUGAUUUAGUUAAAGUAAACACAUAUAUUCGAAAAAAUUCAAUUGAGUAUCGAGCAUAUUAAUUGAAUAGAUAUAGGAAUUGUGUGACUUGUGCGCGUGUUAAACCAAUUUCAUAACUGUCUUAAAUACACUAAGUAUUCAAAUGCCAAUGAAAGCCUAAGGAUAAUUAAAGUGCCUUAAUAAAUUCAUUCAAAGUGAAGUAUUUUGCAUACAAUAAUUGCCAGUGAUAAAAAAUCGACUCAAAAUAUUGGAAAAUUCAUUCAACUGACUUCAACUGGAAAGAAUAAUUGCAUAAAAAAUGGAGUAUCUCACACAGUUUUACGAUGGCUGGCGGGAUCUUAUGGACAACAAAUCAGAUCCGCGCACACGAGACUAUCCGCUCAUGAGCUCUCCAUUUCCAACGAUAGCAAUCAGCUUGGCAUACGCAUAUUUCGUUAAGGUGCUGGGACCCAAGCUGAUGGAAAACAGAAAACCGUUCGAGCUGCGCAAAAUUCUGAUUGUCUACAAUGCAGCACAGGUUAUAUUCAGCGCGUGGCUGUUCUACGAGUCUUGCAUAGGUGGCUGGCUGAAUGGCUAUAACUUGAGAUGCGAACCCGUUGACUAUUCCUAUUCACCGCGUGCGUUACGUACUGCAGCGGGUUGCUGGUGGUACUACUUCUCCAAGUUCACCGAGUUCUUUGACACAUUCUUCUUUGUGAUGCGCAAGAGAUACGAUCAGGUGUCCACGCUGCAUGUCAUCCAUCAUGGCAUCAUGCCCGUUUCCGUUUGGUGGGGCGUCAAGUUCACGCCCGGCGGCCACUCGACAUUCUUUGGCUUCCUGAACACAUUCGUGCAUAUCUUCAUGUAUGCCUACUAUAUGCUGGCUGCCAUGGGUCCCAGGGUGCAGCGCUAUCUCUGGUGGAAGAAAUACUUGACUGUGUUGCAAAUGAUUCAGUUUGUGCUCGUGAUGGUUCACUCGUUCCAGCUGUUCUUCAAGAACGACUGCAACUAUCCAAUCGGCUUUGCCUACUUCAUUGGCGCACACGCCGUGAUGUUCUACUUCCUCUUCUCCAACUUCUACAAGCGAGCCUAUGUGCGACGCGAUGGCAAGGACAAAUCGGCUGUGAAAGCCAAUGGCCAUGCAAAUGGCGAUAUGAAGCAGCUUAAGGAUGGCAAUGGCAACGGCAAUGGCCAUGCGAAUGGCGGCACUGUGAAUCGCUUCCAGAACACCUUCUCCAAGUUCACCACAGAGAUGUGCAAUCCGGCUCUCAACUCGAACUCGACGUCGACGGCGCGACAACGUCUCCUCAUCAAUGCGGGCAACAAGUGAAAGCCGAGCCGAGCCGAGCCGAGCCGAGCCAGCCGAGC